UUUUUUUUUAAUUUUUGAAAUGUUCCGAGUAAAUUCUGUUCUUCAAUCUAUUCCAAAAAUUUUCAAUUCUUUUGUUAGAAGAGCCAGCGUCAAUAGAGGAUUAGAUGAAAAAUCUGAAAAAAAUGAAAUUGAUCAAAUUACAGAAAUGGUUCCAAUAGAAAAAAGGUCGUUAUCUCGUGGAGCAAUGCUUAAUAAAUUUGAGAAGGAUUUUAUGAUUUUUCCUGAAUAUUUGGAGUUGGCAGAAAUUGUAAAUAUAAAAUCAUAUGUCGGGAAACUUGGUGAUGAUCUUGAUAAAACAAGUUUGUUUAUUUUAGAGUAAAAGUCCUUCGAGGCUUUCUGGACGUCUUCGACUUCUUUUAAUAAUUUUUUCGGGGAAUAAUAGAACCUUUAGUAAUUUCCCCCUUAAGGUUCUCUUGACGUCCUUGAAAUCAUUUUUGGGGUA